AUGGCAUCCAUAAAACUCAUUUUGUGUGUUUUAUUUGGUUUUGUUUGCUUUAGUAAUGCCCAAUUGUCAGACAAUUUUUAUGGGGCAUCGUGCCCUAAUCUAAAAACAAUUGUUGGGGACGCAAUAAAAGAAGCGGUGAAUAGAGAGGCGAGACUUGGUGCCUCUGUUCUUCGUUUGUUCUUUCAUGAUUGCUUUGUUAAUGGGUGCGAUGCAUCAAUAUUACUGGAUGACACAACAACAUUUACAGGAGAAAAGAAUGCAAUCCCAAGCAGAAACUCUUUAAGAGGAUAUGAAGUGAUAGACGCCAUUAAAACUCAAGUUGAAGCUGCUUGUCCUAAUGUUGUCUCUUGUGCAGACAUCCUUGCUCUUGCUGCCCAAGAAGGCGUUGUGUUGCUAGGAGGGCCAUCAUGGGCCGUGCAAUUGGGCCGAAGAGAUGCAAGAACCGCAGACCUAAGCGCCGCCAACACCCAAAUCCCCCUACCAACUUCCAGCCUUUCAACUUUGAUCUCCAUGUUCUCUGCCAAAGGCCUAGACGCCAACGACAUGACGGCCCUCUCCGGCAGUCACACAAUCGGCCAAGCCCGGUGCAUCAAUUUCCGUAACCGCAUCUACAACGAGACCAAUAUCGACUCGGAAUUCGCCGCCACACGCAGGGCCACGUGCCCUGCUUCUUCUGGCAACGAAGAGAAUUUGGCCUCGUUGGAUAUACAGACGCCGAGCCAGUUCGAUAACAAAUAUUAUCAGAACUUAGUGGCUCGGCGUGGGUUGCUCCACUCGGAUCAGGAAUUGUUUAAUGGCGGAUCUCAGGAUUCGUUAGUGAAGAGUUACAGUACUGAUGAUGCGGUUUUUAAAAGGGAUUUUGUGGCCGCUAUAGUGAAAAUGGGGAAUAUUAGCCCACUUACUGGAAUUAAUGGAGAAAUUAGAAAGAACUGCAGGGCUAUUAAUUAAUAAUAACUUUUAGUGUACGUGUAUAUGCAUUAUAUAUUUAUUAAUAGAAGUGCGUAAAAUAAUGUAAGA